CACGGCCGUGCGAUGGAGGGGUCACGAGGGGUCACACUGACGGAACGGAAGCAACAACAGUUAGAUGCAGCUUCCACGGGCAUCCAGGCGGGUCCCCCCCUCCCUUCCGGAUUAAUAAGAUAAUGUCCACCUAUCCUACCUAGUCGAUAUAAUGGGGCAAGAAGCUCCAAGCUCAAGCUGCCUGAUGAGUAUUUAGAGAGAGGCAGGCCUUAGUCUCCAUUUCCAUUGCCAUUGCCACUUCUGUGAAGCUGUCCAGAGUCUGUGACGACAACCUUCAACAUCCACCAUCCCCAUUGAUGACCUCUCGUCUCGCACAAUUAGGCAAACAGAUAAUCAACAUGGCUGCCAAGACCAAGACCGACAUCCACCUGUACACCACCGGUACCCCCAACGGUAUCAAGGUGUCCAUCCUCCUAGAGGAACUCGGCCUUGACUACCAGGUCACCGCCAUUGACAUUUCCAAAAACACCCAGAAGGAGCCGUGGUUCCUUGAGAUCAACCCCAAUGGACGUAUUCCGGCCUUGACGGAUACCUUCGAGGAUGGCCAGCCCAUCCGUCUCUUCGAGUCCGGCAGCAUUCUGCAGUACUUGGUCGACCGCUACGACAAGGACCACAAGGUUUCUUACCCCUACGGCUCUCGCGAGUACUGGGAGGUGAACAAUUGGCUGCACUGGCAGAUGGGUGGCCUGGGCCCCAUGCAGGGACAAGCCAACCACUUCAAGCGCUACGCCCCGGAGAAGAUCCAGUACGGCAUCGACCGCUACGUCAACGAGACGCGCCGCCUAUACCGCACGAUGGACACCCAGAUCAAGGCCAACCCCCACGGCUACCUCGUCGGCGACCGUGUGACCAUCGCCGACAUUGCCUGCUGGGGCUGGGUCGCGGCCAGCAAGUGGGCGGGCGUCGACCUGGAAGAGUUCCCCGCGCUCAAGGCCUGGCUGUGGAAGCUCGCCGAGCGACCUGGCUUCGAACAGGGUCGUCACAUUCCCACUCGCCAUACCGCGCUUGACCAUUACAGCAUGAGUGAUGAAGAGCUGGAUGCGAAGGCUAAGGCUGCAUCCGCGUGGAUCCUCAAGGGCAUGCAGGAGGAUGCGGCGAAGAAAUGAGAGGCCACACUGGGUAGCUCAGUAUCAGAGACAAAGGUCCAUCGCGAGAUUAAUAAACAAAGUUAAAGCAUUGAAAUUCGGGCUUGAUUGUAAUCUAAUGAGUUUAUCUGGCAUCUUGCCGCGCCCAUUGUGUUGAGAUAAUGGCAAGGAACAGGUUGGCAGAAACAUGUCAGAUUUGAAUCGCGCAGUUGGGGUAAGGGGUCAUGAGUGCAGAGGGCAAUUCCACUUACAACUUCAAAUAAGAAGGUCCAGGUCGGUUAGCUCAGUUGGUUAGAGCGUGGUACUAAU